UGAUUGUCAAAAUAUCAGGUUAAUAAACACACAAUAUGAGGCUUAGUGUUGAUGGAUUGGUAGUAUAUUUCCCCUACGACUAUAUAUACCCAGAACAGUAUGCAUAUAUGUCAGAAUUAAAAAAAGCUUUAGAUGCAAAGGGACAUUGUUUACUUGAAAUGCCCUCUGGCACAGGGAAGACCGUUACUUUGUUAUCUCUCAUUGUUGCAUACAUGAUAGAAAAUCCACAUUCUGUUCGAAAACUGAUAUAUUGCUCUAGAACUGUUCCAGAAAUAGAAAAAGUUAUGGAGGAAUUGAAGAAAUUGGUGGAGUAUUAUGAAAAGAUUGAUGGAGAACAACCUCAAAUAACCGGUUUUAGUAUUAUCAUCAAGAAAGAAUAUGUUAGUACACAAAGAGAGGGUAAGAUUGUUGAUGGAAAAUGCCAUGCACUGACUGCUAGUUAUGUAAGAGACAGGCACAAUGAUGAUGAUACUGUGCCUGUUUGCAGUUUCUAUGAGGAAUUUAAUAUAGAUGGUAAAGAAUCUGUAAUACCUUAUGGGGUUUAUAAUUUAGAUGAUCUAAAGCAGUAUGGAAGAAAAAGGAACUGGUGUCCAUAUUUUCUUGCCCGAUUUGCUAUUACAUAUGCCAAUAUAGUAGUCUACAGUUAUCAUUAUUUGCUGGAUCCAAAAAUAGCAGAUGUGGUCUCCAAAGAACUGACAAAGGAAGCAGUAGUGAUAUUUGAUGAAGCACACAACAUUGAUAAUGUGUGUAUAGAUUCUAUGAGUGUGAAGAUUCAGAAAAAGACCAUAGAAAGAGCCACAGCUAAUAUACAGUUACUAGAAAAAACUAUAGCUGAGAUGAGAGAUGAGGACUCCAGAAAACUUCAAGAAGAAUAUCAAAGGCUAGUGCAAGGUUUAAGAGAUGCAAAUGUUGCCAGAGAAACUGAUGUUAUAUUGUCAAAUCCAGUAUUACCAGAUGAGAUUCUUCAGGAGGCUGUGCCAGGAAAUAUAAGAAAUGCAGAGCAUUUUAUUAGCUUUUUAAAAAGAUUUGUCGAGUACAUUAAGACUCGUUUGAGGGUUCAACAUGUAGUACAAGAAUCACCUGUGGGAUUCCUCAAAGACUUGCAAUCAAAAGAAACCUUUAAAUUCUGUGCUGAACGUUUGGCAUCUUUAUUGAGAACCUUAGAAAUAGCUGAUUUGACAGACUUCAGUCCGAUAAUAUUAAUAACACAUGUAGCCACUUUAGUAUCAACUUAUACCAAAGGAUUUACUGUAAUUGUUGAGCCAUUUGAUGACAAAACCCCCACAGUAUCAAAUCCCAUUUUAUAUGUCAGUUGUUUGGAUUCUUCCAUAGCCAUUAAGCCAGUAUUUGACAGGUUUCAAACUGUAGUUAUAACAUCUGGAACAUUAUCUCCUCUAGAUAUGUACCCUAAAAUUUUGAACUUCCAUCCUGUGAUUAUGUCAUCAUUUACCAUGACUUUAGCUAGGCCUUGUCUGCUUCCAAUGAUUGUUUCUAAAGGAAAUGAUCAAGUAGCGAUUUCAUCUAAGUUUGAAACAAGAGAUGACAAUGCUGUCAUAAGAAAUUAUGGACAGCUUCUUGUAGAGAUUGCAGCAAAUGUUCCUGAUGGUAUUGUGUGUUUCUUUACCUCUUAUCUAUAUUUGGAAUCAGUAGUGGCAAGUUGGUAUGAUCAAGGUGUGAUUGAUAACCUACAGAGGUAUAAAUUAUUAUUUAUCGAAACACAAGACUCAGCUGAGACAAGCUUUGCUUUGAUGUACUACAUUAAGGCUUGCGAAUCUGGUAGAGGAGCUGUUCUCCUAUCUGUAGCUAGGGGCAAAGUCUCAGAAGGAGUCGAUUUUGAUCAUCAUUUGGGCAGAGCAGUGCUAAUGUUUGGAAUCCCAUAUGUGUAUACACAAUCUCGAAUAUUAAAAGCAAGGUUGGAUUAUUUAAGAGAUCAAUUUCAGAUUAAAGAAAACGAUUUCCUGACUUUUGAUGCAAUGAGACAUGCAGCUCAAUGUGUGGGAAGAGCUAUACGAGGAAAAACUGACUAUGGUAUAAUGAUAUUCGCAGAUAAGCGCUUCUCCAGAUCUGACAAGAAAUCCAAGCUUCCAAAAUGGAUCCAGGAACAUCUCAAAGACUCCUAUUGUAACUUAUCAACUGAAGAAGGAGUUCAAAUUGCAAAGAGGUGGUUGAGGCAAAUGGCUCAGCCUUUUACAAGAGAAGAUCAGUUGGGUGUUUCGUUGCUUACUCUGGAGCAAUUACGAGAACUCGAGGCAAAGAAACUUGCAGAACAGGGAGCGCAAGAAGUUGGCAUACUCUAAUAUUAAGUCUAUAUAUUUUGUACAUAUAAUUUUUUACCAAAAA